GAAAUAAUAGAUGAAAGCGCAGCUCCUCUGGCAUCUGGGCAUGAGAGACCAGUUGUUUUAGAAGAACUUGUUUGUCAGAUCUGAUUGUACUUUGAAGAAAGGAGCUGCACAACAGCGUGUAGAAACAAGUCCCCUAGCAGAUACAAGCUCCAGACAACGCUUGCUGCCACUUCCAGCUGUACCCACACGUACCUGCACUAUGGAGCCUCUGCUUGGGGUUACGCUGGGUUUGAUUCUGAUGGUAGCUUCAUCGGCACGGAGCUGUACCUGCGUGACCAAUAAGUGGACAGUAUGCGACCAGGAUGCAUCUGACAACUGCACCUGCAGGCUGGUAGGUUCAGAUCAUACAGUAGAUUGUUCGACGCUGACUUCAAAAUGCUUGCUGAUGAAGGCAGAAAUGUCUGUCCUGAAGCUCUCCUACAGACCUCGGGUUAAGCUGCUGGAUGGUGGCAUUUACGAUCCAGACUGCGAGGACAGCGGUAUCUUCAAAGCCAGACAGUGUGACGAAGCUGGAACUUGCUGGUGCGUGAACACAGCUGGAAUAAGAAGAACUGGAAAAGGUGACAAAAAUUUGAUAUGCAAUGAAGUGAUAAGAACAAACUGGGUCGACAUCGAACUGAAGCACAAAGAAACAUCCCAUUACUUCGAAGCUCUUGAUGUAGCAGAAGCCCUGACACGUCUGUUUGAGAACCGGUACAAACUGCGACCCAAAUACAUCGCAGCUGUGAAGUACGAUUCCCCAUUUAUCCAAAUCCACCUAAAACAGAAUAACUUGAAGCAGCGGGACGUAGAUAUAGUUGAUGUAGCCUAUUACUUGGAAAAAGACAUAACAGGGGACUCUGUGUUUCAUUCUGACAGCACAUUUCUUGUCUCUGUUAAUGGGAAAGAUCUGGCUAUUGAAAAUAUACGCAUUUACUACGUUGAUGAAAAGCCACCAGUGUUUAGCAUGAAGCAACUGCUUGUUGAUAUCAGUGCUGUGGUGGCAGUGGCAAUACUGCCUGCUGGUUUUGUCACUAUUUUGGUGAUUGUUCUGUGCCAGAGAAGAAAAUACAGAAAAAUUAAGAUCGAAAAGAUGAGUGAAACAGAAGGACAAAUUCUAGAGCUCUAAUCUGACAGAAAGAAUCAAACUGCAACUUCAGCAACCAGGCAGAGGUGGGAAGGGCAAAAUAAGAAGAAUGAACAGACUUUGUGUAAUGUGGAUGGAUUUGGAGUUGUCUCCCAUUUUGUAGGAAUUGACAAAGCACUCAUUUUGAAUUAUUCUACUAGAAAAAACAACUUUUCCUUGGGUAUAAAUUAAACUAGGAGUUGGUAACUGAAGUCUGGGACCAAAAGUCUCAGUUCGGAAGCUACACAAAGUGUAAUUGAUAUUUUGUGCCAAUAUAGCAUACGUGCACUUGUACCGCAGACUUCGUUCGCUUGCUUAAUAUUUAAGCCAAGGUUCCUCGUGUGUUUGCUUAGAGCAAAAUAAUAACAGCAAUAAAAAUGUUUUAAAAGUC